AUGCCGCACCGCCAGUCGACAGCCUCGAGCAUGUCGGCCGCUGAGCCGGCCCAGCGGGCCCGCGAUGCGGAAGGCCACCUCGCACCUGACGCCCUCGGCGUCGAGCUACUCGCGCGCUCGCCCGUGCUCGACUCGCGUGCGGCCGGGCGCGAGGACGGCCUCGUCGACGUGUGGUUCAACGUCAAGGGCGACAUGCCCGCCCUACCCAACCUCGCAGACUUUGAAAACUCGGCCGUCGACAAGCGAGACCAUAAGAACUCGCCCUGGUACCAGCAAGAUCUGGAGGAGCAGCGCCCCGAGGACGUUGGCAGGGCACCGGCCUACGAGAGGGGCGAGGUCGGCAUAGCGUAUGACAACAAGCGCAACGGCGCCUACGACAAACAGCCGCGCACCCAUGCCGAGGAUGAAGACGACUGGGAGGACACCGAGUCGGACACGUCCGACCCGGCGCCAGAUUACUCGGCGCGCAAUGCCCUCCUGAACGGCGAGUGUCCGCCCAUGUCGAUCGUCAUCUUCGUCGUCGGCUCGCGGGGCGACGUGCAGCCGUACCUCGCCCUAGCAUUACGCCUGAUUGAGGCACGCGGCCACCGCGUCCGCAUCGCAACGCACCCGCCGUUCAAGGCGUUCGUGGAGGACGCGAAUGAGCGCCUAGAGGGCAAGUUUGACGAGCACGGAAAGUCGCUCGUUGGCCGCCUCGAGUUCUUCGACGUCGGCGGCGACCCCAAGGAGCUGAUGGCGUACAUGGUCAAGAGUGGGUCACAGUACCCCGGCCUCAUGCCUGGCUUCGAGUCUAUCAAGUCGGGCGAGAUCGGCUCCAAGCGUAAGAUGACCCGCACGAUGCUCGAGGGCUUCUACCACUCCUGCUAUGAGCCGCACCAUUCUGGGCGACCGUUCGCGGCCGACGCGAUCAUCAGCAACCCGCCAUCGUUUGCGCAUGUGCACGUUGCCGAGGCGCUCGGCCUGCCACUGAUCAUGUCGUUCACCAUGCCGUGGUCCCCCAAUCGUGACUUCUCACACCCCCUCGUCAACGUCCAGAACUCGAACGCCGAGCCCGGAAUGACCAACUUCCUGAGUUACGCCAUGGCCGACACACUUAUGUGGCAAGGUCUCGGCGACAUUAUCAACGAGUUCCGCGAAGACACGCUCAACCUGCCCCCGCUCACAGUGCUGACCGGCCCGCUGGCGACGCACCGUAUGCGCGUGCCCUUCAUUUACGGGUACAGCACCUGGCUGCUGCCCGAGCCUGAUGACUGGAAAGACAGCAUUGACGUUGUCGGUUUCUUCUCCCUCCCAUCUGGGGAAGUCAAGUACGACCCCGACCCGGCGCUCAUGAAGUUCCUCAAGGCUGGCCCGCCGCCAAUGUACAUUGGUUUCGGCUCCAUCGUGGUCAAGGAUCCAAUGAAGCUAACUCUGACCAUUAUCGAGGCUGUGAAGCAGACUGGAGUCAGAGCCUGUAUCAGUGCUGGCUGGUCCGACCUCGGCGGUGUCGAUGUUCCUGAUAGCAUCUUCAUCAUCAAGGGUGAUCUCCCUCACGACUGGUUAUUCGCCGACGGCAAGAUCUCCGCCGUCUGUCACCACGGUGGUGCAGGCACCACGACCGCUGGUCUGCGCUGCGGGCUGCCGACCAUCAUUGUGCCCUUCUUCGGCGACCAGAAGUUCUGGGGCGACGCCGUCGCGAGUGCUGGCGCUGGGCCCCCACCGAUUCCCCACAAGAAGCUUACGAAGGACAAUCUCGCCGAGGCGAUCGAGUUCGCACACUCCAAGGCCGCCAAGCGCGCUGCCCAGCGCAUCGGCCGCAAGAUCUGCUCCGAGGACGGCACGCUCAAGGGCGUCGAUAGUGUGCACCGUUACCUGCCGCUCCAUGCCAUGCGGUGCGACAUUGACCCGAGGAAGGUCGCCUCGUGGUGGAGCAGAAAACACAGGCUCCGGCUGUCUGACGAGGCAGCUGGCGUGCUGGUUGCUGGCGGUGCACUCCAGUGGAAGAACCUUGCUCCGAAUCGGCCAAGCGAGUACCUCACCUCGCGCUCGUACGCCGACCCCCUCACUGCAACGACCCAGGCACUGUUCAACGUCCUCACGACGAUGCUCACUGCCUCGUCGCAGAUGUUCUAUGACCCCAAAAAGGGCGCUCGCUCAUUCGGUCUUGGAAUCCCGAAGGCUUUUGGGAACGUCGCCCCUGCCCUCUACCAUGGAAGCGACAACGUCCCUCGCAUCAUCAACUCUCGCGUGCGCGAGCGCGGACACAUUGAUUCCUUUGGGACAGGCGUCAAGGAGGGCUUCAAGGACCUUGGCUACGGCGGUCUGGACGCGAUCACUGGUCUGUGGACCGACCCCUACGAUGGCUGGAGAACAGGAGGGUAUCUUGGUCUCGCUGGCGGCAUGGGCAAGGCUUUCCUCAAUGUUUGGGCUCGCCCCUCGACCGGUGUCAUGGGGCUCGUGGUCAACACAUACAAGGGCGCCGACAGGCACAUCCGCGCGAACAUGGAAGUUAACGUCGCCGACCGCAUCCAACGCACACCAAGAGUCGAGAUUUCCGAGAAGGCCGCCGAAGCAGUCACGGCCGAGGAGAAAGUCCGCAUCAUGGAGCGGUUCAACACGCUCACAUCGCUGGUACUCGUCAAUGAACGACGCAAGGCCUUCGACCGAAAUCAGCGAGAGAACGAGGCCAAGGCGUUGAGUGAUGCCGACCAAGUCAUCCUGAAGAAGUGGCGCGAGGGCGCGUGGUACAGACGCCUGAUCCCUCCCGAGCGCGGCACGCGCUCUCUGACAGCGAACGCCAACUCUGCCGUGUCGCGCGCCCAUAAAACGCGGGACGUGGCUCAGAAACAGACCAUCGAAGCGGCAGCAGCGCAUACCAAGGCGUCGCAGGCGACGCUCAAGGCGCACAAGGCGACUGUCAAGGCCGGCAAGAAGACGGCCAACGCGAACGGGUAUUUCUCGCGCCGUAGCGCACGCAGCGCGACCAAAAAGGCCAACAAGGAGCUCGCCAAGGCCGCAAAGGAGGGCGACAAGGCCAACGCCGCGACCGAGCGCGCCACCCGCGCCACUGACCUCGCUACCGAGGCGGGGACCAAGGCGCAGGAGGCGACGGCGCUCGUCGCGGCUACGAAGAAGCAGCCUGCACUGCCGAAGAAGGACCGAAAGGAGAUUAUCAAGCUCGCCAAGCAGGAGACGAAACGCAAGUUUACCCGCCGCGAGGGCGAGGACGAGUGA